AUGGACUUCUUAUCCCGCGGUGACCGGCAACGUACUUUUUCCAGCUCGACGCACAAGGGCGAGAGCCCCGGGCCGGAGCGGCGCAACGGCGAGUGCGAGCCGUCAGAGAUGCCGCCCUCGGACGCGCCGCCCGCGCCCACCGCGCCACCGCCCGAUCCGCCUGCUACCACCAACAACCAGUCCCAGAAGACCCGUUCGCUAGUGGUGUCCCUGACUCCGCCUCGGGAACGUGAGACCUGGGCCAAGAAGGCGGAGUUCCUGCUGGCUGUGGUGGGGUUCGCGGUAGACCUGGGCAAUGUCUGGAGGUUCCCUUACAUCUGCUAUCAAAAUGGCGGCGGUGCGUUCCUUAUUCCUUACUGCGUGAUGCUGCUUUUUGGCGGGAUGCCACUGUUCUUCAUGGAGCUGGCGCUGGGACAGUACCAUCGCUGCGGCUGUCUCACGUUGUGGAAAAGGAUCUGUCCUGCGCUGAAAGGCGUCGGCUACGCGAUCUGCAUGAUCGACAUCUACAUGGGCAUGUACUACAACACGAUCAUCGGCUGGGCGGUGUACUACCUGGUGGCUUCCAUCUCAUCCAUCAACUCUGUGCUGCCCUGGACCAGCUGCAACAACGAGUGGAACACCCCGCUCUGCUCACCAGUCACAGCUCCACAGAUCAAUCCUAAUUCUUCCACACCAGCUAAGGAGUUCUUUGAGCGCAACGUACUGGAGCAACAUAAAUCCAAUGGAUUGGACUACAUGGGUCCCAUCAAGCCUUCGCUGGCCCUCUGUGUGUUCGGGGUCUUCGUCCUCGUCUACUUCUCCUUGUGGAAGGGAGUCAGGAGUGCUGGCAAGGUCGUAUGGGUCACUGCUCUGGCUCCGUAUGCUGUGCUGCUAAUCCUGUUGGCACGGGGAGUGACACUGCCAGGAGCCACUGAGGGCAUCCGAUAUUACCUCACACCGGAGUGGCACAAGCUGCAAAACUCUAAGGUGUGGAUAGACGCGGCUUCUCAAAUCUUCUUCUCCUUGGGUCCUGGGUUUGGCACGCUGCUGGCGUUGUCCAGCUACAACAAGUUCAACAACAACUGCUACCGGGAUGCCCUCAUCACCUCCUCCAUCAACUGUCUCACUAGCUUCCUCGCUGGCUUCGUCAUUUUCUCCGUUUUAGGGUACAUGGCGCACGUCCAGAACAAGAGCAUCGAGGAGGUAGGUCUAGAAGGGCCAGGGUUAGUCUUCAUCGUAUAUCCUGAAGCCAUCGCCACCAUGACUGGCUCCGUCUUCUGGGCCAUCAUAUUCUUCCUGAUGCUUAUCACGCUUGGAUUGGACAGCACCUUUGGAGGUCUGGAAGCCGUAACUACAGCUCUGUGUGACGAAUACCCACGUGUGUUGGGUCGGCAUCGAGAAGCGUUCGUAGCUGUACUUCUGCUGUUCAUCUACAUCUGUGCCCUGCCUACUACUACCUACGGAGGAGUGUACCUGGUGGAUCUCCUAAACGUGUACGGUCCAGGGUUGGCGAUUCUAUUCGUGGUGUUCGCGGAGGCAGCUGGUGUUUGCUGGGUGUAUGGAGUGGACCGGUUUUCUGAGGAUGUGAGGACAAUGCUCGGACAUACGCCUGGCUGGUUCUGGAGGGCCUGUUGGUCUUAUAUCAGUCCUGUGUUCCUGCUGGUGCUGUUCAUUGUGUCAGUGCUGGCUCAUGAGGAGAUGCUGGGCGGGGAGUACGCGUACCCGCCCUGGUCAAUCACAGUCGGAUGGGUCAUGACCGGCACCACCGUCUCCUGCAUCCCGCUCUACAUUCUAUACAAGUUCGCCAUUACACCCGGCAGCUUCCUUCACAAUUUUUACGACACAAACUUGGAGGUUGUCGCGAAAUGGUUAAGUUGUAAUGGCGAGAUAUGGGGGGUGGGCCCGACGGCGGUGUUUGCCAGCGCCGCUGCCCUCUUCCUCUACAACGAACUGGAGGCUACUGUGUUCAUUACUGGAGACCAAGCACACAUCUCCAUGCUCGAGAAGACCUUGAUUUCCACUAUGGUUCUCGGUAUGCUAGCCCUGAUGAUCCACUUAUGGGUUUGUUCCAUGCGCUUCUUCCAGUACUAUUUGGACACGCUUAUAAGAGACAGCCCAAGCAUGCUGUUGGAAAUGACGACAGCGAGUCUGCUGGGCGGGCAGACUGAGAUAAUGCCGCUGGGCCCGCUGACCAGGUUCCUGCGCCAGCAGCAGCCCCAGAUCCACAUGACAGCGUGCUGGUUCCUGUCGCUUUGCUACGCGGACUACGUCCGUAAGAACUACUGUCAGAGGUUCAAUAUGCCGUAUUUGGAACAGUGGCAAACCGAGUUGCACAAUCGCGCCGUACAAGGGCUCCACAACACCGUAGAGAAAGUCAACAGCUUCGUCGGUUCCGUCCACCAGCGGCUACGAGGGUUCACACCACCACGACAAAUUGAUCCUAAUCCGAUACCAGACUGCACGCAUACAGUGGGAGCGCGUCUUGUAAGAGAUCUUCAGUCAACGUUAGCGGCGCGUGUAGCCGGGUCUCUUGCGGUGAUGGGCAACAGAGCGAGUCUGCCACAGCGCAUCCAAAGCCCCAGAAGGAUAUCGAUGUACGGCUGGUCUCCCAGUCGAGUGAGACCACUGCUGAUGCUAUCGAGAAACUCAGAAACUACGUCACAAUUUGUGAUGUGGGAAAGCUAUGAUACUAUAUGGAGUUAUGCACAAAAUGAGGGAAUUGAGCACCUUCUUUUUAUGUGGAUGGUGAUAUACAGUCUACAGUUCUGGGCUAUGCUGGUGAAAGUGUUGAAAACUGUCGUGGAAUACUGUUUUGAUGACGAUCCCAUGUUGUCAGAAGAAGACGAGGAGAGUCGCAAGAUGAUGCAGCAGUGGAUGAUAUGGAUGUGUGGAGCAGCCCCACUCGCUAUAUACAUCCACACGAGGCCUCGACCUGAUAUGCCGCCGCUCAUGAUAUGGAUUACAACCAGUCCUUGGCAACGUCGUGAAAUGGGUCCGUAUGGGUACUACCUGAACAGACCCCUUUCCUCUCUACAGUCCUCAACGAACGUGUCCUUGAGGCAGCAAGCCCUCACACUGCGAAGGGCAUUCAGCGACUCCAAAAUCAUCAUCAAAGAACCUCCCAAGAAAAAGAGACAUUCCAAAUCUGUAUGA